AAAUGAAAAGAGGCUGGUAGAAAUUUGGGUUCACGUCUGUGUCUACGGUAUAGAGAGAGAAGAAGGCUCGUAGUAGAAAUUUGGGUUUCACAUCUGUGUUUACGGUUUAGAGACAAGGAAGAAAGGAAGAAAGGAAGAAGGAAGAGAAGAGAGAAGAAGGAAGAAGGAAGAGAAGAAAAUAGGGCUGGGCUCAUAGCCAUUUGGGUUUAUAGAGAGAAUAAAAAGAAAGAAGAAAGAGUUUAUGGGCUUCACAAAUCCUAAUGGAAGAGACCCUGAUUUUUAGAGAGAGAAAAUGAAGAACCCUAAUGGAAGAGGCCCUAACUGAUUUUUAGAGAGAAAAGGAAAAUGGGAUGAUUUGGGAUAAUUUGAAGAGGGUUUUUGUCUCUGAUUUGAGAUAGUUUGAAGAGGGUUUUUCAUUUUCUUGGCGAAACAGGAUAGUCUGAAGAGGGUUUUUCAUUUUCUUGGAGAAACGGCAAGCAGAGCUGAAGGAUUAAGUUUGGGGAACUAAUCCUAUAUGUACAAUUGCUUCCUCCUGUACAGGCCCAUGGUACGAAUUCCCACGUUUUUAGUAACCCUCCCUCCAUUCGUCUCUCUCUACACUUCAUUAGACGAGCAAGACCUUCAGAUUUGCGGAAAUCUCAACUUUUCCCCACAAUCGUUUGCAUAAAGUGGAAUGGAGACUGCUGAUGCUGAUUAUCUCUCACAAAUUGAUGUCUCUAUAGAGGAGAAGGACAAGCUCGUAUCUGAAGUAAUUCGUUAUGUUCUAUUUAAAAAUCAUCAAAAUUCGGGUGCUCCCAUUAAAAGAGAAGAGCUUGCUCAGUUGAUAACCAAAAACUAUCGUCAGAGACAACUUCCAUCUCUUGUGAUAAAUGAGGCACGAAUGAAGCUCAAUAGCAUUUUUGGGUAUGAAUUGAGAGAGCUUCAACGCUUGCGCUCCUCUUCAAACAAUAAGGGCUGUGGUUCUCGGCAGGCAGCUGAUGCAAAAUCAUAUGUCCUCAUCAGCAAAUUACCAUCUGAAAUCUAUAGUAAAUAUGUCGAGAACAAAGAGACUGCUCAUUUUGCUGGGUUCACUUUUGCAGUGUUGAGCGUCAUCCAUCUUGCAGGAGGCAAAAUUCCAGAAGAGAACCUUUGGCAACACAUGAGAAAAUUGGGAUUGGAUGGAAGUGAGGAACAUCAUCCGAUAUUUGGAAAUGUUAGCUCGGCAUUGGACACUCUUGUCCAACAAAGAUACUUGCAAAAGGAACGAGUUAAUGGUCCAGAAGGAAAUUGUGUGAUGUAUGAGCUUGCUGAGAGAGCACUAGAUGAAUCAAUUGCACAGAGGUUGAAAGGGUGCAUUGCCAAGGUUACAAGAAAUGAUGCUGCUUAUGUAAAGCCUGAAGAAUCAUCUUAACCUGCCAUGCGAGGCCUUCAUUUGAUGCAGGGGGCUGUACUGUUGCUCACAUUUCCUCUGGUGCUCAAGCAAAUAGUUGAAGCUCUUCUGGUGCAGUUUGAACACAAAACCUAAAAUUUUGGUCAGUGAUACUUCUGAAAAGAAGUUGGUCAGUAAUUACUGACUCUGUCCUAGUUCUUAAAUGAUUUAUUGAGAUGCAUGGAAGAAACAUAUUGGUGAAUGUUUUGAUUACGAAGCAUGGUAAAUUGUGUUCUAUCAACAGAUCCAUUUAUGUAGGACCAAGGGCCUUGGCUCCUACACAAUUGUGAAUGCAAGGUAGGCGUAGAAAGAAAGAAUUUUGGGUGUUACUUGGAAUUCUAAUUAAGUUAGAUUUAGGAGUUUUAACUGAGAUUUAAAUGCAGAUUUAGCUGACCCCAAUUAGUUGGAAAAUGCUCUGAUGAGGAUGAUGAUGAACUGAGAUUUAAAUGGUUUUGGGUUCCUUCAAAGAUCAGGAUAGCAGGGUUUUGGGUCUUAUGAAGGUUUAUUUGGGGUAGAAUUGGAUAAUACAUGGUCUAAUUGAAGUGGAACUGGGGUUAGGGUUAUGGGGAAGGAUUUAGUUAGGUUAGGGUAAUGUUUAGGAAUGGCUUUAGGAAAGGGGUUAAAUAUUUCUGGAUUUAGGAGGUGCAGCAAGAUAAACUGGUGAUGAGAUGGAUUUUAGGAUUGAAUUAAUGCAAAGCUAGGGUUUAAAUUUAAGUUUGAGAGGAUAGGUGCAUUUCUGGGGUAGCCUCAGCUAAUCUACGUAUUGGAAAGAUUUGGCUAGGGCUUAUUGAAGGUUUUGAAUGUGAUGAAUUUGGUUGAGGAAUCUUGGUUGGGAAUGUGCCACAUAGGAGGGGAAAGAAAAAGUGCAAAUGAAGUUACACGGAAAACUUCAUUCGACUAGGAUUUUGGUAAAUAUCUUAACCAAAACAAGAAGAGGGGCUCUAACCUUGGGGGAGACCCAGAGUGGGGUUGCUGAAUCAUUUUCUCUACAAAAAGAGUUGAGGAAUCUCUCCUAUGAAGGUGGACUCCAACUACAUCGAAACUCAAAUUUUAUUUAUUAAGAAUCCACUCUUAGGCCACUGGCUUGUAAAUCUAUUUAUAGUUGGUCCAAGGAAUUUGAUAAUUCUAAGAAUUCUAAUUCAUAUAGAAAUAAAACUAAUUCUAAACCCAUUACAACUAGGAAGUAAUUAAUAUUAAAUAUAAUAAUCCACUAAGAAAGCAAAAUAUGUUACUAAUUUUUUCAAUAUCCUCUGAACCAUAGUUACCCAAAGUGAUUUGGAAACCGAAUCAAUUUAGGAAUUGGAAGUGUGGAAUCGCUGCCGGCUAGAAGAUUAUUGUUUUCGCAAUUGAUGUCCGUACAAGAGGUAUCAUGGAGGAGGAGAAUCUUUUUUUUAGGAAUCGAGAUUCAACCAAAAUAGAAUCGAGAUCCCUACAUAAAUGGAAGCGAGAUUCCUAGCUCUUUGGAAUCAGGUUUCCAACCUUGUUGGAAUCGACCAAUAUGGAAUUGAGAUUCUUUCAUUUAUGGAAUUGAAAUUUUGACAUAUUUGGAAUUGAGAGGAAAACAAUACAUGUCUCAAUGCCAUUUGUUGACUAAUAUGCCAUACAUGCAUGUUUACAUUAUUUCUAACGUCUUGGAGUUGCAAUGUUUCCAUUGGGUCAAUACAAUGCAUAUUUAAAGACGACUACACCUUGUAGCUUAAGAGUGGGUGUCUAGCUCAUGUAAUUUGAUGCCUUGAAAACUUUCAAUCAUCACUUCUCAAAAAAAAAAA